AUGACCUUCAGGCAGGUUCCAGCUUCAGAAGGCGACAUGGUCCACGUCAGCAUCGAGACCGUCACCCCCAACUCCCCCGCCGCCCAGGCCGACCUGCAGAGGGGAGACCGGCUCAUCGCUAUCGGAGGGGUCAAAGUGACGUCGUCGGUGCAGGUUCCCAAGCUGCUGAAAGCAGCUGGAGAUCGGGUGCUGGUUUUGUACGAGCGUCCUGUACGGCACCAGAACGUGGCGCCUGAGAGCUACGCGAGUGAUGAGCCGCCGCCCGCCUACGAGGAAGAGCCCGCCCCCAUCUGCGCACUGACCGAGUUGCACGAGCCCAGAGACCCUAGAGAAAUGGACUCAGAGUUUGAGGAGCUCACGGUGGAGGCGCGGUCACCACCACCCGCCAGUGCGCAGACCGACCUGAGGGAUGAGUGUCUACUGAGCGCCAGCCCCAAACGCAGCGCAGUCUCGUUAGCGUCCAAACCGCUCGGCAGUAUAUCCCCGAUCCUCAGCCGCAAACUGCAGCUGGUCGGGCUGCAGGCACCGCUGAGGCCGCAGCCAUCGCCCAAACACUCGCCGCACAGAAGCAGCUGCGAGCUGAGCGCGGAGGGCGUGCCGCGGCCGAGCCUCCCCCCUGUGCCUCCCCCUGUGCCGCCGCGCCCGCACAUACGCCUCACCUCUGCGUCAUCAGAGACCAGCCUCACGGACACUGCAGAGGGACCAGGAACGCUGGCCUCCUCCAGCUCCAGCAACGCGCUCAGCUCCUUGGAGCGCUCCCCCGAGAAGACAGCGAGCGGAGGGGACGCGGGAGAGGAGGUGGUGGCAGCGAGAGCGGAACACGCCAAAGAGAAGCUGUCGGAGAGCUCCUGCAGCACCAGCCUGGACGAGCACGCACACUGGGAGUCGGCCGAGACGCUGUACAAGAGCCAGAACGCGCGCUGGUCCAAGGCCAGCGCACUGUUCGAUGUCGAGGCGCACCACAAGUACCUGAACGUGGCCCUCUGGUGUAAGGACCCAUUUAAACUGGGUGCCCUGCUGUGCCUGGGCCAUGCGAGCCUGCCGCUUGAGCAGGUGGCGCUGGAGUGUUUGGCGACAGCGUCCUCAGAGUUCCAGAGCACGUUCAGGCUACGCGCUCCAGAGCCGCGCGCUAACGUGAGCCGCACGGCACUACGCAGCCUCAGCGCACACAAGGGCUUCAACGAGAAGCUCUGCUACGGCGACGUCACGCUCAACCUCUGCUACGGGUCGGACACUGAGGCCGAGCUUGGCACCACGGAGCGUGAGCGUGAGGACGACUGUCGUGAGCGCGAGAGAGAAACACCUGCGCUCACACAGCGUGACGAGCUGCUGUACGGAGCCCUGCAGAUGGUGGAGGUGCGACACAACUUCCAGGACACUCAGUUCCAGAAUCCCACCUGGUGUGAAUACUGUAAGAAGAAGGUGUGGACGAAGGCAGCGUCUCAGUGCAUGGUCUGUGCGUACGUGUGCCACAAGAAGUGUCAGGACAAGUGCCUCGCCGAGCACCCGCUGUGUGUUGCCGCCAGCGAGCGCAAGAGCGCCGACCCCGAGGCCAAGUCCACCAUCAACCGCGCCACUAGCGGCCUCACGCGACACAUCCUCAACACCAGCUCGCGCCUGCUCAACCUGCGCACGGUGCCCAGGCCGCGGCAGGCGGAGCCCGAGCCGUCGCCGAAGCAGACGCCCAACACGUCCGACAACGAGAGCAGCGACGCCGAGACCUACGCCCCCGGCACCAACAGCAACAGCAGCACCAGUGGCGCCAAACUGGUACGCAAGGACGGCGGCCUGGACGACAGCGUCUUCAUUGCUGUAAAAGAGAUCGGCAGAGACCUGUACCGCGGUUUACCCACCGACGAGAGGGCGCAGAAGCUGGAGCUGAUGCUGGACAAGCUGCAGCAGGAGAUUGAUCAGGAGCUGGAGCACAACAAUACGCUGCUGGUGGAGGAGCGUGAUGCGCCGGACGCUCGACGGAAGGCGGCGGUGGGCGGAGCUUUGUCUAAAUCCGGCGAGCGUCUGCAGGCGCUGACUCUGCUGACGAUUCACUACCGCGCAGGGAUUGAGGACCUAGAGACUACAGAGACUGCAGAGUCCGCCGAGACCGGCGAGUCUCCAGGGGACACGCCUCCUGCCUUCACAGCAGAGGAGUACGACAGCGACACCAGCAGUCCAGUGGAGGUCCUCCACCAUGUGGGCCCUGACAGGAUCUGUGGAGAGGCAAGCAUCUGA